AUGGUGAUAACAUCAAGAUCACACAUUGAUUUGGUAGACUUGGUGUCGGGGGAUAAUAUCAAUUUCCGUCAAACUCCUCCACCAUUUAUACCGGUUGCAGGAGUUAUGUCGACUGAUGGUGAUGAUUCAAAUGCUUUAUCGUUAGUACCACAUCGCAAGAUGAUAAUAGUAGCAACAUUUCUUCCUCUGGAUGCUAAAAAGGAUGACAUUUCUGGUAGAUGGUGCUUUCGUAGGGAUGACGAUUCAAUUUUCCUGCAGUUAAAAGAUGGUCUCUCAUCUGAUAUUGAUGUUGUUUAUGUCGGAUCUCUGAAGGUCAAUGUUGAUGAAAGUGAGCAAGAGGCAAUUUCCCUUCAUUUGCUGGAGGAGUUCAAUUGCUUGCCUACUUUUAUUCCUUCGGAACUCCAUAAAAAGUUUUAUGAUGGAUUCUGCAAGAACUAUUUGUGGCAUCUAUUCCAUUACAUGGUGCCUAAGUAUGAGUGUGGUUGCAAUGGCUUCAAUUGGUCACUUUGGCAGGCUUAUGUUUCUGCUAACAGGAUGUUUGCCGAUAAAGUCAUGGAAGUCCUUAAUCCAACAGAGGAUUAUGUAUGGGUUCAUGACUAUCAUCUUAUGGUUCUUCCAACAUUUCUGCGGAGGCGGUUUAGUCGUGUCAGGCUAGGCUUUUUCCUCUACAGUCCGUUUCCUUCCUCCAAAAUUUUUGAAACUAUACCUGUCAGAACUGAAAUUUUGAAAGCACUGCUUAAUGUAGAUAUGAUUGGUUUUAACACAUUUGAUUAUGCUCACCAUUUUCUGUCCAUCUGCAUUCUAUUGCUUGGCUUGGAGUAUGAAUCAAAAAGUGGUCACUUUGAGAUUGAAUACUUUGGCCGUACAAUAUUCAUUAAAAUAUUGCCUACUGGGAUUCAUAUGGGUCACAUUCAAACCGCUUUAAAUCACCCUUCCACUUCUAUCAAAGUUAGAGAAAUCUGCAAACAACUUAAGGGGAAAAAAGUUAUUAUUAGUGUUGACGACCUGGAUAUUUUCAAAGGCGUGGACUUGAAGUUUGCAGCCUUCGAACAACUCUUGAAACUGUGCCCUGAACUGCUGGGUCAGUUGGUAUUUGUCCAAAUUUUAAAUCCUCCAAGGAGCGAUUGUAGAUAUGUUGAAGCAGCGAAGAAGAUAUCCCACAUGCUUGCAAAACGGAUAAAUCGAAGGUUUGGUUUUCUAGGUUAUACUCCUGUCAUAAUCAUUGAUCGUUAUGUUCCUUUCCAUGAAAAGGCGGCAUAUUACGCGUUAGCAGAAUGUUGCUUUGUGAAUGCGGUGCAGGAUGAUAUGAAUUUGGUUCCGUUAAAGUACAUUGCGUGCAGGCAUGGGAGUUCUAAAAUCGACCAAGCGUUAGAUAUAGCUUCCGACUACCCUCGGACAAGUUCAAUUGUUGUGUCUGAGCUUAUAGGUUGCCCACCCUCUCUUAGUGGGGCAAUCAGGACGAAUCCGUGGGAUAUAAAUGCCGUUGCCGAAGCGUUGAAGUUUGCUAUCACAAUGUCUAAUGGAGAGAAACAGUGCCGGCAUGAGAAGAACUAUCAAUAUGUUAGCACUCAUGAUGUGGCUUACUGGGCCCAACAGUUUGAGCAAGACCUAUUUUUCUCGUGUAAGGAUCAUUAUACGAAACUUUGCUGGGGUUUUGGCUUUGGCUUGGAGUUCAGAGUCUUGGCCCUAUCUGCUAGUUUCAAGAAGCUGUCAAUAGACUAUGUUGUUUCUGCGUAUAAAAGGACAAAAUGCAGGGCAAUCUUUUUGGCUUAUGAUGGUACAAUCGUACCUGAGUGUUCCGGUUUAGAAUCCCCUGGUCCAUAUGUCAUAUCUCUGUUAAACAAUCUCUGCAAAGACCCUAGCAAUACUGUGUUUAUUGUAAGUGGUCAGGGGAGACCUUCAUUGAGAAAAUUGAUUAAUCAGUGUGAGAAUCUUGGUAUAGCAGCUGAGCAUGGUUGUUAUAUAAGGUGGGGUGGAGAAUCAUAUUGGAAAAUGAAUCAGGUUGGCACAAAUUAUGCAUGGAAAGUUAUCACUGAACGUGUGAUGAGAUCAUAUACUGAUGUAACAGAGGGCUCCUAUAUGGAGAUCAGGUACAGUGCAUUGGAAUGGAAUUACCAUGACGCCGAAACUGAUUUUGGAUCACAGCAAGGCCGAGAGAUGUUGGAGUUUCUUGGAAGUGAGCUUGCCAAUGAGCCUGUUGUUGUUAAAAAGGGGAAGCAUAUUGUUGAGGUCAAGCUUCAGGGAAUUUCGAAAGGGUUAGUUGUAGACGAAGUUCUGUCUAUACUAACAAUGAGCGGAAAAUCGCCAGAUUUUGUUCUGUGCAUUGGGGAUGAUAGAUCUGAUGAAGACAUGUUUGAGAGCAUACUAAACAAAUCCUUUGCUUCAACAUCAUCUUCAUCACCAGAAAUAUUUACAUGUACUAUUGAGCAGAAACCAAGCAAAGCUAGAUACUACUUGGAUGAUACUGCAGAAGUCAUGAUCUUACUUCAGGGUCUUGCUGCUGCUGCUAGAGAGUCUACAACAAUAUCUUCUACUGGCACCUCUUCUUAA